AUGAAAGCAUCUCAUCGUCUCUUAGAGAUGUUUAGGGAUGCCCGCAUUGCAGGGGAGCACCCUUACUGGUUGGGCGAGUGCAUUUGGAACUCUUUGCUUACUCAUUGGAAUUCAGCUGAGUUUCGCAACAAGUGUGCUACAGCCCAGAGGAACAGAGCGUCUGAAAAGGGUGGCGCCCUACAUACUGGCGGGUUGAUCACAGUUCAUGAGCAUGUCAUUCGUAUGGCACAAGCUCUAGGACGGGCGAUCCAUGUUGAUGAGGUCUUUGCACAAACCCAUGUUCGGAAGGACACCAAUGAAUUCGUUGAUGAAAGAUCUUGGAAGACUCAUUAUCAAUCAGAAAACCACCUUCUAUCUCCUCCAAUGGCUUCAUUAGGUUGGCAACAAGAGAAUGAAGAAGAAGAUGAGCUCAUUUCCUCUCUCCCUAAAGAGAGGGGUUGGUCUUUUCCCUAUGUCUAUCUAUUUGAACACUUUUGGUGUCCAUCACCUCUCAUCAAAGAAAGAAACAUUUUUCAAAAGCAUUUUCAAGCAAAACAAAGUGACGUUCUUGUUGCAAGCUUUCCAAAAUCUGGCACAACAUGGUUGAAAGCCCUUACUUUUGCCAUUGUCAACCACAAAAACUUCUCCAAAGAAAACCAUCCAUUGCUUACCUCUAACCCUCACCAACUUGUGCCUCCCCUUUACACAUUUCGUGGUAACAUCCAUGACCAGAUUCUCCAAUUAUCCAACAUGGCUGAACCAAGACUUUUUGGUACUCACAUUCCGUUUCCUUCAUUACCCAGGUCAAUCCUAGAGUCUCAUUGCAGAAUAAUUUACAUUUGCAGGAACCCCUUUGACACUUUUAUUUCUGCAUGGGCUUUCUUUNAUAAGAUUAAGGUGGAGCNUUUACCGACACUGACAAAGGAGGAAGCUUUUGAAAUGUUUUGCAAUGGGGUAAUUGAGUUCGGUCCAUGGUGGAGUCAUAUGUUAGGUUACUGGAACGAAAGCGUAGCCAGACCAAACACUGUCCUAUUCUUGAAGUACGAGGAUCUUAAAGAAGAUUUGAAUUUUCAGGUUAAAAGAGUUGCAGAGUUUUUGGGUUGUCCUUUCACUGAAGAGGAAGAAAGUAAUGGAGUGAUCGAGAGCAUAGCCAAGCUGUGUAGCUUUGAGGAGAUGAAGGAUAUGGAAGUCAACAAAUCUGGAACCAUAAAUUUUGAAAUCAAAAGGUUUGAAAAUAAGUUGUUUUUCAGAAAGGCAGAAAUAGGAGAUUGGGUAAAUCAUUUUUCCCCUUCUAUGGUGGAAAAAUUAUCCAAAAUCAUUGAAGAAAAAUUUAGUGGCUCAGGUCUUUCAUUUAAAAUGCAUUCUUAA